AUGCCUCGCACAUCUGCACGCAAAGAUCUCCUCAAUGCUGUUGACAAGGCUGCCCUUGCACUAGCCAAAUUACAAUUCCAGAAUGAACUCCUAGAUGAUUUGUCAGACUCGGACUCUGAUACCAACUCUGAGUCAGACAUAGACUUGCUUUCUACCGAUGAUGAAGUCCUCCUCCUCCCUCUAAUUUUCGCAUUUUGCCUCUUUGCUCUCUUCCCUGCUCCUCCUCCCUUUAAUUUUCGCAUUUUUGCCUCUUUGCUCUCUUACAUCCUUCUCCCCAACAAUUUUCGCACUUUUGACUAUUUGGUGAGUUUUCUUAAUUUUCGCAUUUUUGUCCAGUUUACGAAGCAGCCCUCCAAAUACAUCCUCGACGAGAAGGAACUCGAGCGCGUUAGCGCCCUCGCACGCAUCACGCUCGAAUAUGCCUGGACAGAGCUAGAGCGCGCGCAUAAUGCUGCUAAGAGUAUGGGAAAGGGCACGGAGUGUGCCGAGGCAGAUGAGGAGGAUGAGGAGGAUGUAUGGGUCAAUGAGGAUGUGUCGAUAGAUGGCGAUGUACCGGUUGAUGGUGCACUUGCGAAAGGAGAUGAUCUUGCGCAGUAUAAGCUUGAUGAGUAUGACGAGGACGACGUAAAAGAAGCUGGCAUGGGUCCAUUCAGCGAUAUCAAAGGAUUGCCAUUCUACAGCGAUAACCAAGAUGAUCCGUACAUUACACUCAAAGAUGUACGAUCCCUUCCUUUUCCUCCUUCAUACCUCACACAGGACCCUGAAGAUGACGAGCGUUCAAAACUCAAAGUCCUCCCAACAGACGACCUCCUUGUCACCGCAAAAACUGAGGACGACAAAUCCCAAGACAACCUCUACGUCCACCGCGACCUCAUGCUCCCCAACUUCCCCCUCUGUCCCGAAUGGCUCGAUUUUCCACCCACAUCCCCUUCACCCACCCAACCAUCCGUUCAUAUGCAUAUGCCUUGUUCCACCAGGAUCGAGGAUUCUGCUGUGCCAGAUGGCCAUAUUUUGAUGCAUCGCGCUAACGAGCGUCGCGGGUUCAGAGUAGAUAUUUCACGACAACGACCUCACGGAGAUUUAUCUUUUGUACUAACCCCCGUUCUGAACCACCAACCUGAUGCGGCCCUCACAUGA